CCCCUCCAUUAUGGCGGAAGGGCAAGCCGUGCGGAUGGGCCGUCUCUCCCUCUCCGAUGCUUGUUUUGUGUCUUGAGGGAGGGGUUUUAUUUUUGCUUUUUUAAAGCUCUCCGCGACGGCCCGGUUUUUUUCCCAUAUAGGCUGUUAUCGUAUUUUCCGGCGAAGUCAUGGCGGACCGAGGCGUGGAUAUGUCCGCCCUGCCGAAAGAGGUUCGAGACCAGUUGGCGGAGUUGGAUCUGGAGCUGUCUGAAGGUGACAUCACCCAGAAGGGCUAUGAAAAGAAGAGAGCCAAGCUGCUGGCCUCCUACACCCCUCAGCUGCCAAAAGCGGACCUGUCUCUGCCAGAUGUACAGCCUUCACCAAGCCACAGUGCCGACCCCAGCCCAAGUCCUGAGGCCCCGCGCCCCUCCACCUCUUCAGCCUCCAGACACCAUCGUGCACAUCGCAGUGGAGGGGCCAGGGAUGAGCGCUACAGAUCAGACAUCCACACAGAAGCUGUGCAGGCAGCUCUGGCCAAACACAGAGAAGAGAAGAUGGCACUGCCCAUGCCGACCAAGAGACGCUCAUACUUUGUCCAAUCUCCAAUAGAUAACUGCACACCUCCAGAUACGUCCUCUGCAUCAGAGGAUGAAGGCUCGCUUCGCAGAAAGGCAGCUCUCAGUACAGUGCUCGCUCAGACCCUCCAGAGCCCCGAUUACUGGAUUAACCGCUCCGUCCAAAGCUCUUCCACAUCCUCGUCCGCUUCCUCCACCCUCUCCCAUGGAGAGCCCAAGACACAGCCUCAGCCCCAGCUUCAGCCUGGUGCCUCGUUGCUGGCCGACGUCCUGGCCCACACACGUAUAGAAAACAGUGUCCCGCCUGACGUGACGUCCUCCACUCCACAGGAUAGAGGAUCCAGAGUGGACCUUCCUCCAGCAGUCAGGGGCAUUAGCCGUGGACAGAGCCGCUCCAGCAUGCUGGAUACAGCUGACGGAAAAAGAAAAGGCGUACCGGUCAGCAGCCGGGUGUCCACAAAGAUCCAGCAGCUGUUGAACACGCUCAAGCGGCCCAAACGACCCCCACUCAGCGAAUUCUUCCUCGACGACUCAGAGGAAAUUGUAGAAGUUCCACAGCCAGAUCCCAACACCCCGAAGCCUGAGGGGCGUCAAAUCCUCCAAGUGAAGGGAGACCCUCUGGGAGUGGUCAGCAACUGGCCCCCUGCCCUGCAGGCCGCCUUGGCCCGUUGGGGGGCCACCCAGGCUAAGAGCCCGGCCCUCACUGCCCUGGACAUCACCGGCAAACCCCUCUACACUCUCACAUAUGGCAAACUCUGGAGUCGCAGUUUAAAGCUGGCAUACACUCUACUGAACAAGCUGGGGACUAAGACUGAGCCUGUCCUGCAACCUGGAGAUCGAGUGGCGUUGGUGUAUCCAAACAGUGACCCUGGAAUGUUCUGGGUGGCUUUCUAUGGCUGCUUGUUAGCUGAAGUCAUUCCUGUCCCCAUCGAGGUACCUCUGUCACGUCAGGAUGCAGGUAGCCAGCAGAUCGGCUUCCUGUUGGGCAGCUGCGGUGUGAGUUUGGCACUGACCAGUGAGGUGUGUCUCAAAGGGCUGCCCAAGACACCAAACGGGGAGAUCGUCCAGUUCAGAGGAUGGCCAAGGAUGAAGUGGGUUGUUACUGACACCAAGUACCUGACAAAACCAUCCAAAGACUGGCAGCCACACAUUCCCACUGCCAACACUGACACGGCCUACAUAGAGUAUAAAGCGAGUAAGGAGGGAACAGUGAUGGGAGUUGCUGUUUCCAAGAUUGCCAUGCUGACACACUGUCAAGCCUUGACUCAGGCCUGCAACUACUGCGAAGGGGAGACACUGGUCAAUGUAUUGGACUGCAAGAAGGAUAUGGGCCUGUGGCACGGCGUCCUAUCGAGUGUUAUGAACAGAAUUCACACCAUCACUGUGCCAUAUGCGGUCAUGAAAGCCUGUCCCAUGUCCUGGGUGCAGAGGGUUCACAUCCACAAAGCACGUGUGGCCUUGGUCAAGUGCAGAGACCUUCACUGGGCCAUGAUGGCCCACAAGGAUCAGAAGGACAUCAACUUGUCUUCUAUACGAAUGCUUAUAGUGGCUGAUGGGGCAAACCCUUGGUCUGUAUCGUCGUGCGAUGCCUUCCUGAACGUGUUCCAGUCUCAUGGUCUGAGGCCUGAGGUCAUUUGUCCAUGUGCCACCUCCCCUGAGGCCCUGACUGUGGCUAUACGCAGACCUGGCACACGUGGAGCUCCUCUCCCAGCCAGGGCCAUCCUGUCCAUGGGUGGGUUGAGUCACGGCGUCAUCAGGGUCAACACGGAGGACAAGAACUCUGCUCUAACUGUGCAUGACGUCGGCCACAUUAUGCCUGGAGCUCUGAUGUGGAUUGUGAAACCAGACGGGCCGCCACAGCUGUGCAAAACAGAUGAGAUUGGAGAGAUAGUGAUCAACUCCCGGGCUGGAGGAACGAUGUACUACGGCCUUCCUGGAGUCACUAAGAACACAUUCGAGGUGAUCCCUGUCAACCAGGCUGGAGCACCCAUUGGAGAAGUUCCCUUCGCUCGGACCGGUUUACUUGGAUUUGUGGGACCGGGGAGUCUUGUGUUUGUUGUAGGGAAGAUUGAGGGACUCCUGAUGGUGAGCGGGCGACGCCACAAUGCUGACGACCUGGUGGCCACCGCAUUGGCAGUGGAGCCUGUCAAAACAGUUUACAGGGGGAGGAUUGCUGUGUUCUCAGUGACUGUGUUUUAUGAUGAGAGGAUAGUGAUUGUAGCAGAACAGAGACCGGAUGCCAGCGAGGAAGACAGCUUCCAGUGGAUGAGUCGAGUGCUACAGGCGAUCGACAGUAUCCACCAGGUUGGCCUUUACUGCCUCGCACUUGUGCCAGCCAACACCCUCCCAAAGACGCCAUUAGGAGGCAUCCACAUCUGUGAAACCAAGCAGAGUUUUCUGGACGGCAACCUGCAUCCCUGCAACAUCCUCAUGUGUCCGCAUACAUGUGUGACAAACAUGCCCAAGCCACGGCAGAAACUGCCAGUGGAUGUUGGUCCUGCUUCUAUGCUUGUUGGGAACCUGGUGGCAGGGAAGCGGAUUGCCCAGGCAACAGGCAGAGAGCUGGGUGUGGUGGAGGAUCAGGACCUUAUUCGAAAGCACCAGUUCCUGUCUGAAUCUCUGCAGUGGAGAGCCCAAACUGACCCGGAUCAUGUUCUCUAUGUUCUGCUCAAUUCCAAGGGUGUACCAGUGUGCACAGCAACAUGUGCACAGCUACACAAGAGAGCAGAGAAAAUCACUGCUACACUUAUGGAAAGAGGAGGCCUAAACACAGGCGACAACGUGGUGCUACUUUACCCCCCAGGUAUUGACCUGAUUGCUGCCUUUUAUGGCUGCCUCUACGCAGGGGUGAUCCCUGUGACAGUGAGGCCGCCUCACCCCCAGAAUCUGGCUGCUACUCUCCCCACAGUCCGCAUGAUCAUUGAUGUGAGCAAAGCAGCCUGCAUCCUCACCACUCAGCCCCUCAUGAGGAUCCUCAGGUCCAGGGAGGCUGCCGCAAGCGUUAAUGUCAAAACGUGGCCAACGAUCAUCGAUACAGACGAUCUUCCCAGAAAGCGGCCUCCAAACAUCUACAAACCUCCUACAGCUGAGAUGCUGGCCUACUUGGACUUCAGUGUGUCUACCACCGGCAUGUUGACUGGAGUCAAGAUGUCUCAUGCGGCCGUCAGCACUCUUUGCCGCUCCAUUAAGCUGCAGUGUGAGCUUUACUCCUCACGCCAAAUAGCCAUCUGCCUGGACCCGUACUGCGGCCUGGGUUUUGUCCUUUGGUGCCUCUCCAGUGUUUACUCAGGUCACCAGUCUAUCCUUAUUCCUCCGCUGGAGCUGGAGACCUCGCUGCCUCUGUGGCUGAGCACGCUCAGUCAGUACAAGAUCAGAGACACCUUCUGCUCCUACUCUGUCAUGGAGCUGUGCACCAAAGGCCUGGGCACGCAAACAGAGAUGCUGAAGGCACGGGGUCUGAACCUGUCGUGUGUCCGGAGCUGUGUGGUCGUGGCUGAGGAGCGACCUCGUCUCGCCCUCUCGCAGUCUUUCUCCAAACUCUUUAAAGAUCUCGGCUUGUCGCCUCGGGCCGUCAGCACCGCCUUUGGGUCCAGGGUGAACCUGUCCAUCGGCCUGCAGGGGACUUCUGGACCAGAUGCUUCCACUGUUUAUGUGGACAUGAAGUCCUUGCGCCACGACAGGGUGAGGUUGGUUGAAAAAGGAGCGCCACAGAGUCUUCCACUCAUGGAGUCUGGCACUAUUCUGCCAGGAGUCAGAGUCAUUAUAGUUAACCCAGAGACAAGAGGUCCACUGGGAGACUCACAUCUUGGUGAGAUCUGGGUGAACUCCCCUCACUGUGCCAGCGGCUAUUACACCAUCUACGGAGAAGAGAGCCUGCAGGCAGAUCAUUUCAACACCAAACUCAGCUUUGGGGACCCCCAGACUCUCUGGGCCAGGACCGGAUACUUGGGCUUCAUCAAGAGAACGGAGCUGUUAGAUGCAAGUGGAGAUCGCCAUGAUGCCUUGUUUGUUGUGGGCUCUCUGGAUGAAACUUUGGAGUUGAGGGGAUUGCGUUAUCACCCCAUCGACAUCGAGACGUCUGUGUCCCGAGCUCACCGCAGCAUCGCAGAGAGCGCUGUGUUUACAUGGACCAACCUGCUGGUGGUGGUGGCAGAGCUCAGCGGCUCCGAGCAGGAGGCCUUAGACCUGGUGCCGCUCGUCACCAACGUGGUCCUGGAGGAGCACCACCUCAUUGUUGGGGUGGUCGUCAUUGUGGACCCCGGGGUAAUCCCCAUCAACUCCAGGGGGGAGAAGCAGAGGAUGCACCUGCGAGACUCCUUCCUGGCGGACCAACUAGACCCCAUCUACGUGGCCUACAACAUGUGAACAGCAUUCAGAAACUGAUGCAGAAAACUGAGCCGGGGUCUUAGAAGACCUGAGGGACUUCAAGGGUGUGAACAGCAGUGGCCCCCAUGUUAGCUCUCAGACACGUUUAAAAGAGAAAGCAAUGCAGGAAUGCGAAAACCGAGCAAGUGGUGUAACAGUGAAAUGCUUCCCUUUCAGAAACUGUUCCUGCUUUUGUUCCACCUGCUUGAUUGCUGCAGCCCAGGUUCACCAAGACUUCUAAGAACAAGGGUGAAAUCUUCUGUCCUCUUUAGAGGAAACACAUCCUUCACUUUGAAGAAAUGAGAUCUUUAUCUGCUGUCUGAAGCCCAUUUCUCCCUCAGCAAUCCUAAUAAUGUUUUGAAACAUUUUUAUUUACAUACUCCCCUCAAAGACAGAAGACUCUAUCAUUUAAUUCCUUUUUUUCAUGCUUUUAUUUUUAUUUUUUUUAACUUCCAUACUUUUAAAGACGGGGGCGCACUGGAACUUCCUCCAUCUUUUGCACGUCUAGCUCCACGUCCUGCUUUAAAAGGAGACUCCACUGCCCACAUCUGCUGCUGCUGCUUCCAGAGGAGCAAAUCCACACCAGUAUUACAAAAAAAGUGCUACCAGCGUGUCUCAUCCCAACUCUCUGACCUUCCACCAGGUGUGCAGUGGCUCUCGCCUCCAGACCGUUCUGCACUAGCCUGCAGAAACGACUUCGGCCUUCACUCAUUACAAGAUGUCCGAAAAAUACACUUGAAUUACAUGUUUGUGUGAGAUAAGCCAAAGUUCCCUCACUCACAAACCUGGAUUAGUGAUAGUGAAAAGACUUGCUGAGUUAGGAUAAUUGUGGCAGUCUAAGAAAUUGUUUUCUUACUUUGAAGCACCAGGUCUUAGUGGGAUUAAACGUUUCAUAGCAAGAAUAACAGCAGAAUAAAAAACUGAUACUUUGAUGCAUUAUAGAAUUGCAAAAACAGAAAAGGAAAGAAAAUGUGAUUAGUUGAAGGAUACAAUUAAACAUGAGUUCCAGUUUUACACAAAGGUAAACAUUUCUAAGUUUCUGAAAGGUCUUCUAGAGUCAGGGUUCAAAGUGGGAAGACCCGAGCUUUCGGACCAAUCCCAACCUCAAAAUCCAACAUGGCUGCCUUGCAUUUAAAUCCUGCUGGUAGCUGCCGUAUAAACUGGUUUAUUUGCACUUCCUCCUGGUUUACUGUCAGUUCGUACUGAAAAUUGCCGAAAUUUUCCCCACUCCAGGUUUUCCUGAAAGCAGCUAAAGUAACAUAGCUGGUAAUCAGCAGUUUGAGAACCACCUGUGUAGCAAACAGUUUUUCCAGUUCUGGAAAAGCCUACAAGCCCGCUUUUAAUAAAUGGCCCAUUCUCCCUAAGAACUGACGCUUGUUUCAGUGGUGGUUACUUAUGAGAGGCACAAACCAGCUUCAGCAGUCACAGAUUGAAUUUCUCACUUGGAAAAGAAGCUUAUAAAACAUUACGUUUUCAGGACACAAUAGCAUCGUAUUUAUGAUGGUGUAAACCAUAAAAAAAAUAUUUCUUUUUGACCUUAGUUAACAUCUUAGUUAACAUCUAGUUUCACUGGAUAGUGUUUUGCUGGCUUAGGAUGAGACGCAGAUUUGAGCCUCGACCCACCAGCAUGAGCGUAGCGGUAAAUCUGAAAUCCCAACAGCUUUCCAUUCACAGCCUAUAAAUAAAUGUAGAUGAUCAGAAGGCAGAGUAGUGCCUUUUAUGUCUAAGACAUUUCUGAUUUAUAAACUAUUGAAUUUUAAAAGAGAGCAACGUGCGAGGAGUGUGGAGAAAACUUUGCCUUAUUAAAACCUGUGGACCUUUUGUUUUGAAGGAGCUCCACUGAUUCUGCAUUAGAAACCAGAAGCGGGAAGCACAUUUGCAUCUUUUUUUUUUUCUACAGAAAGAGGGUGUCGUGUUUUCGAUAACUUUCUUGUCAUGCCUCUUUUUUUGAUCCGAAUCAAUAUUUAAGCCAAUUCUUUCCAAAUGUCUGUAACACUGGGGGGGCAAAAAAUAUUAGAAACAAUCCCAAUGAAACCUGCAUUUGAAAAUGCAUUUACAGAUGGCAAAUACUUCUUUAAAGGAAAAAGUAUAAUAGAUAAAGGUUAAUAAUGUCUGUAUCCUGUAUUUUAGAAGUGAGAUACUGUAUUACUAGUGUUACUGUGUACAUGGAGAUGGAGUCUGUAGAUAAAAACUUGACUGAUCUUUCAUACUUGACAACAUUUCUUUCUGCAUUGCUUGUUCAACUACGUCUCAUUGAAACAGACAGGGAACAUGAACAGGAACAAUGUGCACUUUCCCAAUAUCAUUUGAUGUAUGUGGGCAUGCCCCUGAGAGAGUGUGUGUGAGCGCGUGUGUGUGUCUAACAGUGAUAUUUGGCUUUUACGGUGCAACAAGGUUCAUCUUUUGUAAAAAUCCCAAAAUAAUGAAUUUUGUUUUUUUUUUAAUGUCGCCUCCACUGUAUUUUUACUCUUUCCAUCCACGUUUGGGAUCUAAUAUAUUUUUUAGGGCUAUUAUUGAUAUUUUUCCCACUGAUGCAUUUUUUCAUCUGGAGCUGCACAACCUCUGCAAACACAUUUCUCAGUAGCGACACAACCGCUGCCCGCUUUUCACCGAGGACAUGUACGCGAGCCAGUCAUUUGGUUACUCAUGAAUAACCGUGUGAUAAUUGCUUUGUCGCCACUGUUUCACUCCAACGACUUUUAAUAAAGUUUUAUAAUUUGACGUUGGCCUUCAAGCCUUUUCAAUAGACCUUGGUGCUAUUCAAUAAGGUGCCGUAGACAGAUUUUUAUCCUUCAGUGUCAUUGCAAAAAGCCGUCAUUCUGGAUUUUGUGUGGAAGUAAAUAUUUCCUUUUAAAGUCCUACAGAUGUUCACUCUUUCAAAGCUUGCAUUGUUUUUCAUUGUCAGUUGUUAUCAGCUGUAAAAUCUGAUGCAAAAUUUCAAACAAUGCAACUUGUCACAUCUGUCUUUUUUUCCAUCUGAAUAUUCAUUUCUUAGACAUUUCAACCCUCCAAAGUUGUUCUAAGCACAAAAUGUAGAGAUGAGGCAAAGAAAAUGGAUCAUUUUAACACAAAUAGGGAGGAAAAAAAAAUCAAGGGUCCACUCUGUAUACCUCGACAACAGUCUGUCCACUAUGCAUCAUUAAGCUGCAGCAAAAACACAUUCUGGACUAAUCAGUGGUGCGAUAACGUCUAACAACAUGUCUUACAAAAAAACACUGUCACACUGUCACUGGAUGUGUUUCAUGUCAAAUAAAAAUGCUUUGUCAGACUUUC